AUGGCCGGGGCACAACCGCCAGCGCCGCCGAAGGAACCGCCGCUGGAGCCGCCCCUGCUCGGUGACAUAGACAUUGAUGGAGAGGACCAGUCGAAGCUAAAGGUGCAAGAUGUGCUCCGAAGCUCGAAAUCGGGCUGUCUGACGAAGAGCAUGAGUGAGUCUUACCUCAGCGACUGCAGUCUCCAGGAGGCCCUUCACGAACAUCACGAAGUGAUGCAGCAGUGGAUGGCACGAGUGGAGAAGCAGAUGCAGUUGCUGCGGGACAGUACAGAAACGAAGUUGGAGGACGCUGUGGCCAAGCUGACGGAGGUCGUCAACACACGCAGGAAAUCGCGGCCGCAGCUGACACACGGCAGCAGCGGAAGCAUGCUUGAUGAACUGGGGAAGAAGGUCAUCGAAAGAUCGACAAGUUUCGGAGGCGGAGGCGGCUCUCGAAGCCUCGAAGACCUGCGAGAGGUACAGAACGCUGCCAAGAAAGCCUUCCUGCAAGACAUUGGCCCUGCCCGGGCCCCGACGCGGAAGGCAAGCAAGACAGGAGCUAAACCCGACGUCGAGACGGAGACCGAAGGAGCUCGGGAGCGGAGAGGCAGUCCCGGCAACUCCCUCUCAGUGGUGAUCCCCGAUCUUCCCGGAGCCCCGGUAUUCGACGCCCACGGUGGCGAGAAGAGAGCAACAUCGAUCAGAUCAUUCGAGAAGCCAGUUGAUGCGGUGCCUUCGCAGUCGAGCAUCUCACCACAUCAAUGCCGACUCCCGUCUAGAUCUUCGAAUCCGGAAAGGCAGUUUGAUGCUUUGCUUUCACACCCGAGCGCGAGAUCGAUGCCGGAAAGGCCGACGGAUGACACGUCAAGGCCGAACUCAGCAUCAAGGAUCUGCCAUGAUGGGUCAGACGCGACCCGUGUUUUCACAGCGCCUCUACAUGUGCAGACUGGAGUCAAGGACGGUGACUUGGAAGGUCCCAUGAGUCCGAAAAGGAGCUUGCAAGGCUCUGUGGACCGGGCGGCCUCCCACCGGUCGAGCUGCUCCGCGCGAAUGGGGCAGUCGGAGUCAGACGGCGAAGAUAAAGACAGCGCCUGCAAAACAAGGUCUCGUCGGAAGUCGGUGGAAAUGUUGAACGUCAGACGCGUGGUUUCUUCAGGCAACCUCACGGAUGUCUUCAAAGAGCGCGAGAGGGCUCUCACCGCACACCUGUCGCCCCACAACGAAGCUGACCUGCAUCUUCCGGCUGAGGUUCCCGAUGAUUGCUGGGCGUCCUCGAAUGCCGAGGCCGGAGAGGAUUGGAGCAGGUCGUGGUGGCUGUUGAUGAGGCCGUUGGACCUGCUAGUUUCCCGGACUCUCUCGAAGACACUUGGGCUGCUUCCUCUCUUUCCUUCGGUGCAAGAGGACGACAAGAGCGGCGACUUGCCUUGGGAAGUGGCCCCUUCACGUUGCGUGUCCUUGCGACAACGUUUCUUCCACUGUGUAGGGGCUUCUUACCAUUUCCUCGUCGUCUUCUUCGCUUUAGCAUACGUGGUGAUCAGCUUCUUGCGGAUCGGUCGUUGCCAGGUCGUUCUGAUGGCCUGCGCCAGACCUGGGAUGGCCUCAGACGCAGCCAUUGCUGUCGGAGCAUUGGGGAUGCUUUUGUGCUGGGGCGGCAUCAAUUACAAGGAGCGAAUGCAGCUGAUUUCCCAGAGUUUACAGGAUUUGGUCGACGCCUUGGAGAAGAAGUCUUUGGACAAAGUGUUUGAGGUCUGGUCGUGUAGCGACUCGCUGAUUGCCGUCAUCUGUUGGGCGCUGAUUUUGGCAGGUCGCUGGACUUUGCUGUAUCUGGAGAUGGCAGAGGAUUUCCACACGGACCCCAACAACUACUCUGUCGUCUUCCACGAGCUUGGCUUCUUCGUCUCCUCCGGGGUGGUGAUCCUCACCUGCUUCUGGCAGGUGCGGACGUCACAUGCCAUGACGCUCAUUGUCAACUCAUGGGUGGAGCCUUUCCUCAGCAACCAGGUGAGCUGCGACCACCUGCGGUGUGAAUGGCGCACAGUCAGCGGCCUCUUCCGCAAAACUUCGCGUACUUUUCAGCUUUGCAGUGCAACGAUUGGCUUCACAUCAGUUCUGCUGAUCCUUUGCGUGCUGUAUGACUUUCGAGAGGGCCAUGCAUUCCUUGCCCUGCCAAACAUUGCUCUCGGACUAUGUCUCCCAGGAGUUCUGCUUGUCCAUGCAUCGACUACUACGGCAUGCAAGCGACUGCCCUCGUUGGUAAUGCUGUGGGAACCCUCGGAGGACAGCAACGAACGAGACUACAUCGACCUGGCCUUGUUCGUUUCCAUGAGUGAGUGUGGCUUCUUCAUCUGGGACACGUGCUUGACCUUGGGUCUGGUGCAAAAGUUCAUCUACUUCACUGUGGCAAUGGCGGGCACACUUGGCUUCCAGAGUGGAGUCCUCAAGCUGGCCUAA